GAGAGCGGAUAUAGUGAAUGCAGGGUCUGGGGAGAGUGGAUAUAGUGAAUGCAGGGUCUGGGGAGAGCGGAUAUAGUGAAUGCAGGGCCCGGGGAGAGCGGAUAUAGUGAAUGCAGGGUCCGGGGAGAGCGGAUAUAGUGAAUGCAGGGUCCGGGGAGAGCGGAUAUAGUGAAUGCAGGGUCCGGGGAGAGUGGAUAUAGUGAAUGCAGGGUCUGGGGAGAGCGGAUAUAGUGAAUGUGGGGUCCGGGGAGAGCAGAUAUAGUGAAUGCGGGGUCCGGGGGGAGAGCAGAUAUAGUGAAUGCAGGGGCUCGGGGAGAGCAGAUAUAGUGAAUGCAGGGUCCAGGGAGAGUGGAUAUAGUGAAUGCGGGGUCUGGGGGAGAGCGGAUAUAGUGAAUGCAGGGUCUGGGGAGAGCAGAUAUAGUGAAUGCGGGGUCUGGGGAGAGCGGAUAUAGUGAAUGCAGGGUC